AUGAAAAUUUGUGGAAAGUGUACUAAUUCUCUCACUGGAAAGUCGCCAGGUCUGCAAUGUGGCGGUGCAUGCAAGCAGUUUUUCCAUGCGAACAAUCGAUGCUCUGAUGUGACGAAAAACCAACUGUCUUUAAUAAACAAUCUUCCCGGUGGAAACUGGUUGUGCGUCAAAUGCCGAUCAAUGAGGGAUAUAACAGAUUUACCUGUCGAAUCAGAUGGGGAGGACAUCGACGGCGAUCGCACUGAAGUCGCGGGUAUCGAGAAUCUAACGAAGAUAAUUGCAGACUUGAAUAGGAAUGUACGCGAACUACGUACAUCUGUGGAAUUCUGCUCGGGCAAGAUCACCGACUUCGAGAAGAAAUUGUCGAAAUUGGAUGACACGAUUAAACUUACUAAUCAGUUAAAGAAGGAAAAUGAAUCAAUGAAAAAGGAAAUCUCCGACCUGAAUCAUCGUAUGAACAAGUUAGAGCAACACUCGAGAGAGAAUAACAUAGAAAUAAUGGAUGUACCUGAGAAAAAAAAAGAGAACUUGUUUGAGAUAAUGACUAAGAUUAUCUCUUAUGUGAAUCACGAAGUGCGGCCUGAAGGACUGGACUUCAUAACUAGAGUACCAACCAAGUUAACAAAUAAACCCAAGAACAUCGUUGUCAAAUUUAGAUCAAAAAUUGAGAAGCAAAACUUCUUAGCAGCUGUUAAAUUGAAACGUACUGAACAGGGAGGUAAACAAGGGUUCAAAAUUGAUAAUGUUUCCCCAAGAUGCUUCAUCAACGAACAUCUCACAACAGUAAAUAAAAUACUUUAUAAAAGUGCUAGAGAAGCGGCUCAUAACAACAAUUUUAAAUAUGUCUGGGUUCAGAAUGGAAACAUACUCGCACGAAAAGAUGACACCUCAAAGAUCUUACACAUAAUGAGUGAAUCUGAUUUGAAGAUGAUAACAAAAUAG